GAUAUAGUUUUUAUAAAAUAAUGUUUUUUCUUCCGUUUCUACACAUGACAACGUCGAUUUUAGAUAAUUAAUAUGCUAUAAUUUUUAUCAUCAGAAAAUCUAUAAUAUUAUAACUUUCUGGGUACACCUAAAAUUAUAAAUUAUAUAUUGUUUUUUAUAAAAGUAAUACAUUCAUUAUAAUGUCUGUAUUCUAUUUAAAAAUGAUCCAAUAAUAAUAAAAUCUGAGUUUCAUAGUAUUGGAAUAACAUCUAAAUUUUAUUAUCAACUAGUAAUUAUUAAAUCGGCGAAAUCAGUUCAAAAGAACAAGCAUUUAAGAUAUUUCUCUAAUCAAAAAACUGUCGCUGAAAGUACAAUACUUAAAAGUUUAGGACAUGCGCAGCGUUGACCUCUGAGGGGUUGGAAACUUUGUUCAUCCCUUAUAAUAGCAGUCGAACUACGAACGCCGCGACGUCAGCACCUACCCGACGUGGGGGUAAAAUACAAAACUUUUACGACAUUCUUUACGAAAACCGGAGUGUAAGUUCAAAAAUCUGAAUUACGCAAUUCAAUUUAUGACUUCUCGUACGUUUAAUGAUUAAAGUAAUUAAUAAUUAUUACUUUACAAGACUUUUUAAAUCAUGCAAUAAUUAAAUAGUGGACGCUUUAGUGAAGUUUUGAAUAUCAAGGACUAUCAAUGGAAUGAUUUAGUGAUAAUAUUCUUGUGUAUUACAAAACUUAUUCAUAUUCUAUUUUGAGCAAAAUAUGUAGUUGUAGACACUUAAGUCAAAAUCAAAACAGUUAUGGAAAAUGAUUGCGAGGAAGCAGUUGUUAUUUUAAAUAUUUUGCUAAACGAUAAGUUUAUAAAUGGAAGUGAAUAUUUGGAUUUGCGUUUACGUAAUACACGUACAGCUAGUGUUAAUUGUAAAAGGACAAAACACCGGCAAGAAUAUAAACCAAAGAAAAGAUGUUUCAUCACAAAUCAUCGACGAUAAUUACGCUAUGUCAUUAGCCAGUGAUCAACAAACUAAAGAUUAUUACCUCCCACACGUAUACACUCAUAAUGAGGAAGAAGAUGAUGAUGACGAUGACGAAAACACGUAUCUAGACUACGAUUAUGACACAAAAGAAUCCAAUUACAAAGACUCGCCUGAUUUAGCAACAGCACGAAGUAACGCGAACCAAGGGACAGAUGAUAAAAUACCAUUGCACACAACUAAGGACAAUCUGCCAAUUUUUCUUUUGGAACCGGAGAACACUUAUGUCGUUAAAAAUAAGCCGGCCACUUUGAAAUGUCGCGCGGCUAAUGCUUUAGAAGUGUUCUUUAAAUGCAACGGUGUUAAAACAAAAGCGGUUAAUUUCGAAUUUGUUGAUCCGCAAACCGGAGUGAGGAUCAUAGAGGGCGAACACAAAGUGACCAGAGAGAAUGUUGAAGAAUACUUUGGUAAUGAUAAGUUCCAAUGCUCUUGUUUCGCUUGGACUAGUCGGGGACAGAUACGGAGUCAACCUGCUGCUAUUGAAAUUGCUUAUAUAAAGAAGUUGUUCUCUGUGGCACCCCAGUCACAACUGGUAAAACAGUACACCCCAGUAACAUUUCGCUGCGAACCGCCACCAGCCGCACCUUUCGCCCAACUCUAUUGGCUUAAGAAUGGAGCGCCCGUCGUGGUCGAUGACAAUGUACAGAUUACCAAAGAGGGGGAUUUGGUCAUCAAACAAGCAUCGUUACUGGAUAUGGCGAACUACACAUGUGUCGCUGAAAAUUUAGCAGGAAAAAGGCUGUCUGAACCGGCGCUGCUAACAGUUUUCGUAAAUGGAGGUUGGAGCACGUGGUCUGCUUGGACGGAAUGUUGUUCAAGAAGAGAAGGACGAACUGGGAGAAAAAGGGAAAGGACUUGUACAGCGCCUCGACCUCUCAACGGAGGACAGCCUUGUGUGGGCACUAAUGUACAGAAGACGCAAGACUGCGACAUGGAUUGUGAUAUAGAUUUGUACGUAGACGGUAUUGACGAGCUCGCUGACGAAUCCUCGGAUAUUUUAUUAGGUCGUUGGUCGCAAUGGUCAGAGUGGUCGAGGUGUGAUUCAAAUUGUCUUCAAGAGAGAAGGAGACGUUGUUUAACCAGCACCGCGUGCCUCGGCAAGGAUUAUCAGAUGGCACAAUGCCCUAUGUGCGUAAGGACUUCUAAAUCUGAAAUAAUUAACGAUGGUUCAAAUUAUUGGCCUCUAUUCACUGCCUUGUCAAUUGCUUUCCUUAUAUUUAUUGUUGUUAUUGUAUUGGGAAUCAAAUAUAUGAAAAUUAAGAUGACGGAAAAUUCGCCAUAUGUUAAACCUCCUUCCGGUUCUAACUACUUCGGAAGCGUCAUAAAGAGGACGUUAACCAACCAGCCGGAUCUGACGAUACACGAGGAGUUUCAGACGGUGGACUCGCGACGCACACACAGACACACAAGCACGUCAACUAACACGCGACACGAACAUUUAUACGAAGUACCGCAACUAGCUAACAGCUAUAUAUCGCCGAUAGAUCACGAGGUAAGAGACCGUUCGGAGAGGAACACCGCUUGCAAGGAAGCCGCCGAGUCAGACCGCUCUGACUCAAGCUGCUUUUUGAGCUCCGGCUCGUCAUACAACGAGAGCGUAGAAAUGUCGCCGUCAUUAAAAAACAACGCAUCAACUGACUCUAAAUAUCUGAGCUCGCAUUUUGAAACUACGAAAUCUAAAAUGGUGACUAGUGAUGGAGAAUGGUUCAGUCUGGAUAAAUGUGGUGUUAGUUUAUAUGUUCCUGAUGGCGUGGUGGACAAGGGGGAUGAGCUGUUCUCUCUGGAAGUCGUUGAUGAGGAGUGGCACAGACCGAUGUUACAAGAAGGCGAAACUCAACUAAGUCCAGUCGUGCGAUGCGGACCGAAGAAUUUCCACUUUCGCAAGGGCGUCGUGAUAACUUUGCCACACUUCGCGUCACUAAAGAACACCAGCUGGUUGCUCUCCGUUCUUCAAAAGCCGGAGGAAAUCAACCCAUCGGAAUGGCGCAAAGUCCUUACUUUAGGCCAAGAGACGCCCGGCACGCCGAUCUUCGCCCAAGUAGACCCCAACAAAGUUUACAUCGUGUGCGAAUUUCUAAGCGACUUCGUUUUAGUCGGUCGAAGUUUUACCGGCUUAGAUGCUAAGCUUCUAAAACUGGCUUUAUUCGUGUCCAAGAUGGACGAUAGUUUUUAUAGUUUUCGAACUCAUGUGUUCGCGGACACUCCCUAUGCUUACAACGAGUGUUUGGACGCCGAGAAAAAAUCGGGAGGUUCGUUGCUCUGUGAUCCUAAAACUUUAUAUUUUCAGGAGAAUUGUUCCGAUUUGUGUAUAAACGUAAGGGACGUAGGUGUAGGUUGGAAAAUUCAUUCAGGCGGAAAAUAUCAAGAGAUAUCCUAUUCACAAAUCUGGAACAUGACGGUCAAAUCCUUGUCCUGUGUAUUCAUCCUUCACCAAACAGAUUCAAUAAACUGUUUGGAACUAAACGUUUCCAUAUACCAGAAACAGAAACAGUCCAAUUCAGUCAAUUUCAAUUUGAAAACGAACGAUUUGAACACGAACUGCAAACGGCACAGUUAUUCGACCGUCGACACAGUGGUGAACGUUAUCGAGAACCCGUUCAAUUACUCAUCGCUCACUAAAAAAUCUGGCAGAUACGACUUUGUUUACAAGCACAACACAUUUAAAAGUAAUUUUAGCGUUGACAAUAAUUAUCGAACUAACGUACUGACCAAUUCUGAUAGAGUUAUACUGUGCAAGCUGCUAGACUGUCAGACUUCGAAAGGGAACGACUGGCGUUUGUUAGCGGAGAAGUUAAGGAUAACUUCGUACUACUAUUACUUUUCGAAUACGUGUUCGCCAACGGAGAAUAUUCUCAAUUUGUGGUUAUGCAGGAACAACGAUGCAAAUAUGUUGGUUAAUCUGUCGAGAGUGUUCAGGGAGAUGGGCAGGGUUGAUUGCGCCACGGUCGUUGAGAGACGCUGUUUCCCCAAUUGAAUUCUAUUGUUGCGGUGUGUGUAACUGUACAAACUCGACGAAAUGGGGAGUAAAUUGAAUGCGUUUUAGAUUUUGUGAUAAUGUAUUGCGUGAAUCUAUGGGAUUCAAACAGCGUGUAGACGUCGCGUAACGGUUUUGAUUUUUAACUGAAUUGUGUUUUGAUAUGAUUCUUUUAUUAGCAUUAAGUUAUUCUGUCUUUUGGGUUUGUUUUCAUAUUUAUGUUUUUUUUAGGAUUGCGAAAUGCAUACCCUACUAUGACAAUAAGUAAUUCUUUGGCCUUAAGUCUAUGCAUGCUGUUUGAAUUUACAAUGUUUUAUUUGAUUUGUAUGUAAACUGUUCUACUGUAAUAAUAUUCAAAUCUGUGGCAACUUUUGUCAGCGAUCACAUUAUGUAAGACACCAAUAGCAUUUAGUCUUAACACUUUUUAUAUUUUUUCUUAUUCACUGGUCUUAGUUUUAAAGUGUUUUGCUUUACUUUAACUUAUUUUAAUAUAAUUACGGUAAGAUCUCGUUCUUUAUAAGUUAGUAAAAAAACACUGUAACUCUAAAUAAUGUAAAAUGUUACCAAAUGUUCGAAAAUAAAAAAUUAACAAUUAU